AAUCAAACUUGAUGGAAUCCCACUCGCGUUCGAGGGCGUGACCGUUAAACGUUCAAUGGCUUCUGAAUUGUGUACAUGGAAAUAAAACCCUAAUAACAGAUUUUAAUCCUUCGGAUGAGCCUGUGCACAGACUUCGCUGACGAUUCGUCUCUCCCAUCAUCAGAUUAGGCCUCACCGAUGAUCGAUGUUAUCGGUACUUCCUCGACGAUGAAGCUGCUUCAACCGGAGAAACGAAUAGAGCAACACCGACAAAGUCCCAUCAAGGUCCCGGACAAUCUCAAGUUUCGUGGCUCGGAAUCUCAAGGCCGUGAAGAACCUGAAAACCCAUUACAAUCGCAGAAGAAAACUAGGGAUUUGCCCAAUUUGAACAAAUGCCAUGCGUGUGGCUUCAUAGUUGACGUUUGCGCUGGUAAGAAGAGACUCCACAUCCUUAAUAGCGAGUGGCGCAUAGUUCUUCUCUGCAAAAAUUGUCUUUCAUCCAUUAAAUCUUCAAGAAUGUGCUCGUAUUGUUUUUCCGAAUCGUCUGCGGAUUGUUUUUGUUGUGAGCAAUGUAAGCAUUCUGUUCAUAAAAAGUGCUUUUCCAAGUAUAAAGACACUGCUCCAUGGUCUUAUGCUUGUUCUGGGUCGGAAUUUUCUGUUUGUGUGGAUUGUUGGGUUCCCAAAUCAGUGGUUAUUUCAAGAAAAAGAAUGAAGACUGGGAAGGUUAAGAAAAAGGAUAGGAUUGUAUUGGAAAAGGAUGCUUCUAGGUUUUCGGAUGAUGGAAAUUCUGCGGUUUCAUUAGAGGAUGUGGUUAAGGAUGCAAAUCUUGUGGUAGACGAGAAGGUUGAGGCUGCUGCUAGGGCUAGAGACGAGGCUGUUAAGAAGGCUGUGGUUGCUAGAAGAGCAGUCGAGGCUGCAAAUAGUGCUUUAAGUUUAGUACCAAGGGGAGAUGAGAACAGUUUAAACGAGCGCCUCAAAAUGGGUGCUGAUAAGGUUGUUGAGUUGUAUCCUCCCGUAAGUAGCUCUCCGUCUAGUUGCUGCUUAUUCAAUUCAAGUUACUUAGAUACUGCAAAGGCGGGGACUUCUAGUUCUGAUUCACCUUGCAUGAGGUCUAACCCAAGCAAUUCAAGUGAUUUUUUGAAGCAUGAAGUUUCUAGUGAUAAUAACAUGCACAAGGACUCCCAUAAAUAUGUAAUGAAACCUUCAGUUUGUAUGGAUGGGAGUGACAAGAGAACCAGUUCGAAUGAAGGAAAGUGCAUGGUUGAUUGUGAUUCAAAAGAAGAGAUUGGAGAAGAGUUGAUGAAGGAAGGGGAGGGAAGUUGUUCCGACAGGCAGAUAAGUGGAUAUUACAUAUUGAAUCUUGAUCGCAAGCAAACAGAGACUGCGUUGCCUGGGGAAGAAAGAUGCAAUGGACAGCCUGACCGCUAUUUCUUGAAAUAUAGAAGGAGAGUUUGUAGGUUAAAACCAAUCUCAGAUAGUAAACCAAAAAUCCUCCACAGUAACAAUGACACUAAUCUUGAGAGUCAGGGCUCAGCUACUGAGGUUCCAUUGAGUUGUUCUUGGGAAUUGAGAACGUUAUCUAAUGGUUAAUUCCAGUCAUUUCAUGCUCCUUUGCAAGCAUCUGCUUAUGAAGUGGAUAUUCCAAGAUCCAUCUUGAAAGGGCACAGUUGACUGGAAUGCCAUCUAACGUGUUAACAUCGAAAUGGGUACAAAAGUCUACCCUAAUGGAGCAGAAGACUUACCACUGGCCUUGUUUUUUCAAGUGUUUAAAAAGACCUUGGGCGAUUAGCAUUGAUUUCUUGCAGUUCCAAUCACCAUACCAGGUUGGGUUUCAUGAAAGUUGACAAGUUAUUGAUAUAGCAGGUAAAGCAGAUAGCCUUCCACGUGGGAGAUGCUUGUUCUUUUUUCAAGAUGUAAUUUUGGUCUUUGUAAAAAGUUGGAAUCCCCUUUGCCCUCUUUUUGUCUGUCUUCCUUUCAGUUUGAGGCUUUCUGUAAUCUUUUACAUUCUUUUGUAGAACGUCCUCACCUGUGUGUCAUUCUGUAUAGUUAGUUAGUUACAGUUCUGCAAUUCCACUUAUGUUCAAUAGCUGCUUGAAUUAUGCUAGCUCUGUAUCAUGAGUUGAAUGUUUCUUACUUUAAAUGAUGAAUUGAUCAGUUUACUUGUACUGAAAA